GUGCUUUUCGUGCGUGUAGUAGGUUACCGGUGUCCGGGCUGUGAUGGAGCGCUGGAGGGGCAGAGUGGCUCUGGUGACCGGAGCCUCGGCUGGGAUUGGAGCGGCUGUGGCAGUAGAGCUGGUCCGGCUCGGAAUGAAAGUGGUGGGCUGCGCCAGGGACGUCGGAAAAAUCCAGAAACUGGCAGCAGAGUGUCAGAGUGCCGGUCAUCCUGGUGUUUUGGUUCCUUUCAAGUGUGACUUGACCAAAGAGGAGGAGAUUCUGGCCAUGUUUGCAGCGAUCAAAGAGCAGCACAAAGGUGUGGACGUGUGCAUCAACAAUGCUGGCUUAUCUCAUCCAGAACCUCUGCUAAGUGGCAAAACCAGCAGCUGGAAGAACAUGAUGGAUGUGAACGUAUUUGCACUGAGCAUCUGCACGCGUGAAGCUUAUCAGUCAAUGAAAGAGAGAAACGUGGAUGAUGGGCACAUCGUAAACAUCAACAGCUUGUGUGGGCAUAGUGUGAUUCCAGAUGCUGAUCUGCAUUUCUACACCGCCACAAAGUAUGCUGUAACCGCACUGACGGAGGGCCUGAGGCAGGAGCUGCGUGCAGAAAAGAGCCAUAUCCGAGCCACAAGCAUUUCUCCUGGUUUAGUGGAGACUGAAUUUGCAUCACGGUUCUACAAAGACAAUCCAGAUAAAGCAGCUGGUGCAUACUCUGCAUAUAAGCCUCUGGAAGCAAUAGAUGUUGCCAAUGCUGUUACCUACGUGCUCAAAGCUCCUCCUCAUGUUCAGAUUGGAGAUGUUCUGAUGAAAGGCACUGAGCAAGCUUAGGUUUGACCUACAUGAUUCCCCCUGAAUGAACCUACUUUACUUUACUUUACUUUAAUUUACUACAUUUAUAAACAGUUUGGUUUAUGAUGUUUUUACUGAAAAUUUUCACUGAUGUAUAAAAUAAAAUGAUGGUGGGGGGCUUGUUGAGUGUUCUUAUUUUACUCAAGGAAACCUGAUAUAAACAACAGUUUAUGGUAGAAAACAUUCAAUUGUCAUUUUAACAUUAUCUCAAAAAUAUAUUUCACUCUGCCAACAAUAGUAUUAAAAUGUAAAGUUAAUAUAUAAUACCCGACUAAUACACAGGAAAG